AGACAGUGCAGAUUUGCCAAGCUUGUCGUAAGGUUUGCCUGUUGGCAUUGGACUUUCUUUGUCGUUAACUUUCCUUGCCUUGUUUUUCUGAUCUCCCCAACAGUGCUGGCCGAAGCAGUUUUUCGGGACGAUGGGGACAACGAGAGUGACUCCUUUUCCCCAAGAAGCGAACUAAUUGAGUCACAACCCACGAUGCGGCCACGAUAUGAGGGCACGUACCACUGCAAGUUCUGCUCUUACUCCAGUCAUCAUCUAGGUCAUAUAAACCAGCACGAAAGGACACACACAGGAGAGAAGCCUUUCCGCUGCUCUGUCUGCAAGAUAGCGUUUGCUCAAAUCGGUAACUUACGAACUCACAUGAGGAUUCACACUGGGGAAAAACCAUACCAGUGUCGCACGUGUGGGAAAGAAUUUUCGCAGAGAGAUAACUGGUCGCGUCAUGAGAGAACCCACAGUGGAGAACGGCCUUACAAGUGCGAAGCCUGUGAGAAAACGUUUAAACGGAGUCAACAUUUAAGUAGGCAUCAGAAAAAUGUGCACGAGUGAGGGAUUACGUCAUGCAAUAUCUGGAAGUAUGGAAGAAUUAUUUCAUGUUUCACCGUGUAUUUCACUGCCUGUCCAUUGUUUAUUCACCUGAAGUUGAGGAACAGGAGUAUAUUCACCAGUUACGAACAUUAUGAGUGGCAGAUAGGCAAUAGCCACAAUACUGCUAAGUAGCACCUUUUUGUUUUUUUGA